AUGGAACCCCAAGGGGAGGCCGAAGCCGAGAAGUCGCAGGUACUUUUGGAGCCCGUUUACAAACUUGCAGCAGGCCGGCGGUCCCCCGGGGGUCGCAGCUUUUACAUUUGUACCGUAAGGACUUGGACAGCCGCUUUUCUAGACAUGUGCCAUUACAGUCCUGCGCGGGUGCAAAGACGCUUCCUUCCAGGCGAGGACUCAGAGACUCGCUUCAGGUCCCUCGUUUGA